AUGGCUUCAGAAAAGAAAGAUGCGGGUAAAGACGAGCUCGUCGAGCAGGUCAAGAAGUUCGCCUUCUUCGGCGUGGCCGUCAGCACCGUCGCUACCCUAACGGCCAUCGUUGCCGUCCCGAUGCUUUGUAUGUAUAUGCAGAACGUCCAGUCGGCCCUCCAGGACGAGAUCAACUUCUGCCGCACGAGGUCCGGAUCUCUGCGCGAAGAGUUCACUAGGCUGGAACACAUGCGCAAGAACGAGAAGGAGCGCUCCAAGCGUCAGGCAUACCGUUGCUGCUCAUGCGGUAUCGGCCCCGCUGGUCCACCUGGACAACAGGGUAACGAAGGUACUCCCGGAAAUGAUGGACGCGGUGGUGUCCCCGGAAACCCUGGUCCCGACGCCGUGGAUGGAGAUGCUGUUCCCCCGAGCGAGGACGACUUCUGUUUCGAGACUGCCCCUGGAUAU